AUGGGCGCCUAUCUCUCUGGGCACCUAUCUCUAGGGGCGAUCAUCUCUAGGAGCGGGCACCUAUCUCUAGGGGCGCCUAUCUCUAGGGGCGCCUAUCUCUAUGGCCGCCUAUCUCUAGGUGCACCUAUUUCUAGGGGCGCCUAUCUGUAUAGGCGCCUAUCUCUACGGGCGACUAUCUCUAGGGACUCCUAUCUCUAUGGGCGCCUCUCUCUUUGGGCGCCUCUCUCUAGGGGCGCCUAUCUCUAUGGGCGCCUCUCUCUAGGGGCGCCUGUCUCUGUGGGUGCCUAUCUCUAUGAGCGCCUAUCUCUAUGGGCGCCUAUCUCUGUGGGCGCCAAUCUCUAUGGGCGCCUAUCUCUAUGGGCGCCUCUCUCUAGGGGCGCCUAUCUCUAUGGGCGCCUCUCUCUAGGGGCACCUGUCUCUAUGGGCGCCUAUCUCUAUGGGCGCCUAUCUCUUUGGGCGCCUAUCUCUAUGGGCGCCUAUCUCUAUGGGCGCCUAUCUCUAUGGGCGCCCAUAUCUAUGGGCGCCUAUCUCUACUGGCGCCUAUAUUUAUGGGCGCCUAUCUUUAGGGGCACCUAUCUCUAG